UGUAGAGCCUCAUGGCCGGGGAAGACGAGGACGCGCAACGGAAGAAAGUCGAAGUGUUCCAGCCGGGAGCGUUUCCGUGCGUCAGGGACUUCCUUGAUUGUAACCGAGGCGCCGGCAACGGCGACGGCGACCACGAGCCGCCGGGGCUGGCGCCCGCGCCGGGGCUCCUCCGCAACAUGGCGUCGUUCCGGUACAUCGCCGAGAUCGCCGCCGCCGCGUCGACGGGCGGCGGCGGCGGCGGCGGCAGCGGCUUCGUGGCGCACGUGGUCGCGGCGCUGGGCAGCGACCGGUCCGCCACCCGCACGGAGGCGGCCCUGGCGCUUUCGGAGCUCUGCGGCAACGCAGGUGGUGGCAGCAGCAAGGCCGCGCGGCAGUACUACGAGGCCGUGGUCGCGGACGUGGCCGUGCCGCGGCUGGUGUGGAUGCUGGAGGCCAAGGCCGCGUCCGAGCGCGACGCCGCGGCGCGCGCGCUGGCGGCGGUCCUGGGCGCGUCGAGCGCGUGCCGCAAGGCGUUCCGGAAGGACGAGCGCGGCGUGGUGAACGCGGUGCAGCUGCUCGGGGACCCGUCUGGUUCGGGUUCGCGUGGCGGAGGCGGAGUGGAGGAGGAGGAGAGGCGGUUCCCGGUGUCGGUGCUGCUGGCGGUGGCGCAGUCCCGGCGGUGCCGGAAGCAGAUGGUGGCGGCCGGCGCGUGCGGGUUCCUGCAGGGCCUUGUGACCGCCGAGGUGGAGGGCGCCAAGCGGCUCGCCGAGUGCCUCGGCAAGGGGAAGAUGCUGGGCGUGUUCCCGCGGACGUGACGGUGCUGCUGCUACUCCUGCUGCUUGCUAUGUGCUACAAUAACCAAAAAAAUCCCCAAGUCCCCUGCUUGUGCUUCUUUUGUGUGAUGAACUGAUGAUGAUCGUGUACAUGUUGGCGUGCGUGCUGCUGUUGGAUACGUAGUGCAGUAGCUGCUUAGGUUGCUGCUUUGGUAGUAGAUUGGAUAUUACGAGUGCUGCUGGAAACGGAAACACAAUAAGAAGAUUGGAAACGUUGCUUUGUAUGUAGUGGUAAUCUGAAUGAAUUUCAGAUUCAGUUUUCUGACCAGAGACUCAUGUGGUGCAGCUAA